AUGUAUGAUUUCACCAACGUGCUUCAGCUGGUACAGAGUUUAGAAAUGUUUCAGUUACUGGGAGUCAACAAGGUGGUCGUCUAUAAGACCAGCUGCAGCGCUGAGACGCAGCUUAUACUGGACUACUACACACACAAAGGUUUACUGGAAGUGAUUCCUUGGUCUCUAUCCAGGUUUUUAAAAGUGUCUCACGGCUGGUUGCCUGAACACGGUCCUGGUGAACUUCACUACUUCGGCCAGAUUCCUGCUCUCACUGACUGCCUUUACAGAUACAUGUACCGGUCCAAAUAUGUGGCCAUGCAGGACAUUGAUGAGCUCAUUCUGCCUCAGUCAGUCAACAGCUGGUUGGAGGUGUUACCACUGCUGGAGAAGGAGUACGGCGUUGACAUGUGUUACGCGUUUGAGAAUAACUUGUUUCCGGUCUCACCAACACUGCCUGCACAAGGCUGCUGGGAAAACAUACCCGGGGUGAACAUCCUGGCUCACCUGCACCAGGAGCCCGUCGAUUCUAAGAUUCGGUUUGAGAACUACAAGAUCAUCGUCAGCCCCCGAGCUGUGUUCACCCCGACCGUUCAUGGAGUGUUAAGCUCAAUGAAAGACUGUACUUUGGUUGAUAGGAACAUAGCACGGAUAUGCCACUCAAGAAUCCAGUCAGAAACAUGGGUGAGACCUGACCACCUGAUUUAUGAUGGCCGGCUACUGAGUUACAGCAAACCCCUUGUACCAGCUGUUAAUACGGUGCUGAAAGAAAGUGGAAUUCUACCAAAGAACAGCAUAUGCUAGGCUUUCUGUG